AUUAUUUUAUUUUCCGUAAUUAACGACUGUAAUAACUUGUAAAUCAAGAUUAAAAACGAAAACAGGUGAACGCGGACGUGACGUCAUCACGGCGCGUCGUGCGCAUACAGUAAGUGUUUGACUGUAAAGCAGUCUGUUUACUCGUUCGUAUGUUUAUCGUACUAGUGUACUUUGGAGGUUUCUUUUCAGUUGACCCUUUUUAAUUAUGAUUUAAUAUUAUGUUAUAGUAGAACCCCUAGUUACAAAAGAAUAGUACAUUUCGAGGGGCGAAAGAAGAGGGCUACGCUAGCGUCGGGUUAACGCAGUGAGAUCGUUACGUCAACGGACAGUGGGUGUGAGAGUAGUUCGUCUGCGUAACAUACACGGUCCACCUUCAACCCGAUGGCCUGCACUUUAGAAAGAGUCUUGGGUGAUGCGCGGUUACUGCUGGAGAGGCUAAAGGAUCACGACACAGCCGCCGAGGGCCUCAUCGAACAGUCCGGGGCCCUCAGUCAGAAGGUGCAGAGCAUGAAAGAGGUGGGAAAUGCUCUUCCAGACAAGAAUGCUGAAGACACUUCACAAGUCCAGGAGAUGAUUAAGUACAAGCCCCAUGUUCUUUUGACUCAGGAGAACACUCAAAUCAAGGAACUCCAGCAGGAGAAUAAAGAGCUCUGGUUGUCUCUUGAAGAGCAUCAGUACACAUUAGAGUUGAUCAUGGGCCGUUACCGUAAGCAAAUGCUCCAGAUGAUGAUGGCGAAGGAAGAGGUGGACACUAAGCCUGUCCUUAACCUCCACGAGGACCACGCAAAAGAAGUGCAGACUCAGUUGGAGCGAAUAUGCGAGAUGGGCCAGGUGAUGAGACGAGCCAUGCAGGUGGAUGAUCAGCGCUAUUGCUCCAUUCGAGAGAAGCUUGCCCAGCUAGAGAUUGAGAACAAGGAGCUGCGAGACCUCCUGGCCAUCAGCAAGGACUCGAUGGGGGCAGCGAGAGAGGAAAGCACCCAGCCACCAACAACAACACAAAACAAGCCUGCCAAGCCAGAGUCAAAUCAUUGAUCGAAAGUGCUUCAUUUGGAACCUUUAGGCUCAUGGUCCCUGGUGUUGUGUUGCCUGUGGAUGGAUGAUCUGUUAAACCACAAUGAUUUUUUUUUAAAUAGUGAUAGAACUUUGGAUGGUAAUUGCCUGUUUUUCUAAUUAGGCAUAUGGCCAUGUUGAUGUAAAUUCAGUGGUUACUGUUUAAAAGAACAAUGGAAUAUAGAGUAUGAUUUUUGGCCAAAGAUAUAUUUAGUUAAUAUAUAUGGACACGCUUUCUACCUCUUUUCUUUCACCAUUAUCCAUGUUAGACUUUAUUUGAAGCAGCCAGAUGUAUGUUAUGCACCAUUAAAUAUUAAAAAAGGACUGUGAGA